AGCGGGAUCACAAGUAGCGAAGUUCUUUUUUUUUUCUUGUGUGUGGGGAAGAAUCUCUUGUGUACACACACACACAACCCCCUCCCCCCCCUUUUUUUUAUCUAUUUCUUUUUUUUUUUAUCUCUCACUCUGUUCUUCCAAGCAUGUCGUCGCAACAGGCUACUACACAACCUUUAAGACUAAGAAAUCCUACACCUUAUCACUUACAGCAGCAGCCAACUGCGGGCCACCCUUUAACCGAAUCUCGGCCCUUAGGUUUUAAUCAUGACCCACCUACUUCACCCAUUGACUUUAACAAUUCGUUCUCUCACAACCUAUUGAAUCAAGACUACGGAGAUGAAGGAGACUUUACGCCCAUGUAUAACCGAAACUCAUUUGGCUCUUCCACACAGACCCCGAUGGAUAUAAGACGAUCCUCUACUGCGACGGAUGCUACACUACAAUCCAUGGGAAGACAAGAUUAUAAUCCUGUAUUUAUGCCUGGCAGUCUAGAUUCUGCUCAUUCAUUAGCCAUGUCUGCACCCUCAGGUUAUGAUUAUGGAUACCCAUCUAACAAUCCAUCAGCUCAUGGUGGCGGUGGUGGUGCUACAGGCUCUGCUAAUAAUGUUACAUUGGAACCAUCUACCAGUGGCACAGCCCGAAGUUUUGAAGAUGAUUACACUGUACAAAUGAAUAUGCAGUUGAUGAUGGAGAAACGACGUCGUAGAAGAGAAUCCCACAACGCUGGUAAGUUGUUUUUGUUUAGAAAAUAUAUGUGUGCUCUUUGUAGAAAAGAAGACUGAAAUCAUCUUUUUGUCUUUCAAAAAGUGGAGAGAAGGCGGAGAGAUAAUAUCAACGAUCGCAUUGGCGAACUUUGUACAUUGUUGCCUGAAGCGGCUUUAGAAAAUACAAAUAUCGGACCCAACAAUAAACCUAAUAAGGGAGCGAUCUUGAGAAAAUCGGUGGAUCAUAUUCGACAAUUACAACAAGAAGUGCAUGUGUAUCAUCAACGUGUACAAGAUUUAGAAAAGACACUGGCCAUGUACCGGUCCUCUCCUUCCUCCUCCUCUUGAUCAAAAAUAAUAAAUUUUUGUUUUUUUUAUUAUCAUUAUUAUUAUUACUUUAAUGCCAUGGGUUUUCUUCCUCAUCAUUAUAAUCUAUAACCGAG